GAUAAAUCUUCAUGUUAUUUAUAAUGGUUGAUAUUUACGAUUGAAAAGCUACAAUAGUAGUUUGCCAACUGCAAAGGGUUUUCGAAAUUAAACUCACACGUGUCUACAUGAGCAGUAAUGUGAGAUCAGUGUUAUUACUGGGAGAAUACCUGUCAUACCUGUGUAUGUUCAAACUAGCAUUACGAAAAGAAAACCUAUUAUUUCUGCAUAGAGUUGCUCCAGAGACAGGCCCUUAUAGACUUAGCUCAGUAGGGUAUGAUGCUGUUAAACACAGCAUUAAGAUAUAACUGCCUAUAUGUGCCAUGCAACUAAGAUUGUAUGCUGAAGAUGUUCAAUGGGACUUGCAGAUGGUUUCUAUGCGAAGGGUACAACACUCGAAUUAAGUCGAAUGAAAACAAAGCCGAGAAACAGCACAAACAAUUGUUUAUUGUAUCUGUUUAGUCUAGCUUUUACACUCUCCUCAUACCUAUAACGGAUCAAGAUUACAGUUGAAGUAAAAAAUAAAAAAAAGCAUUCAUAUGAAACUUGAGACCUGUUUGUACAUGUCUGGCCUGCCAAGCCCUUCUGCAUCGUCAAACCCUAUGGAGUUAAGCUCCUCACAAAUGAUGACAUUUUAUAACACACACAGUAUUUUGCAAUGCUCUUCUGUCAGUUCCUUGUUCUCAAAACGUGGUGUGGCAGUCACUCUUUAUACUUCCUCUUGCGCAUAAAACCAGGCAGGAUUACUGGUGUGUUUAUUAUGGUGUAUUCAGUGCAUUUCCUCAAGUGUUCUUGCAACCCACAGUGUGAGAUCUGAGAAACCCAGGCAUCGUCAUGGAAAUCUCAGUACCAUCCAUACUGCUGGGCUUGGGAGGGAAGAGUCUGCUUAACUGGACCUUGGUUCUGCUCCAGAAGAAACACAUGUUCUGGAGCUUUCUAGGAGUGUUCUCCUGUUCCCUGGCGUUGGUGGACUCUCUCUUGACCCUCAGUCUCUCUGUCCUCCACCUCCAAGGAGACAUUUGUGUCCUGGGUGUGCGGUUUACUAGACAUCACGUGUGCCUGUUGGUGCAAAUCUUCUCUUACACCUACGAUGCCCUGAACUGGCCAGUUCUGAUCGCGUCUGCGUUGGAUCACUUCUGGAUCCUUCUCCCUGGUCCGACAACUGCGUCAAGGGGGUUGAAGCUUUGUUACAUCACGGCCACCUGCCUUUUGUGGAGUCUUGUCCUUCUCUAUGUUUUCUUGGUAUCGGGGUUCCGUCCUGUGUUUGGGAACGAGCCCCACCACCACCUGUUGCACCAGUGCUGGGUGCUGUCCAGCACUCAGAUGCCACAGGUUUCCAUGGUGCUCUUCCUGACUAUUGUGUGUGCGGUACUGCACGUGCUAACAGGGCUUCCCAUGCCAAAAAACAGGGCUUCAAAAGAAACCAAGACCGAUGCAAAGUCCAAAAAGGAUACAAUUGGCCGGUGUUUGUGGAUAUUUCUGAGUACCUGGGUUUGUUUUAUAGUGCUCCUGGCUGUAAUCUUGAUGCUGCCUGAUGGGAUACCUGCCUACCUGGGAUUAAACGUCGCCUGGCUUUGUUUCACCCGCAGUUUUAUUAUAGGUGUGUUCGUUUGUACAAGGUGGUCAACACCACAGUUAGAGGAGUGUUCAGCCUUCAGUGACUAUUUCUGCAACUGGAGGUUAAGUUUCCUGGCCGAUCAGGAAAACCCAUGAAGCCAUAAUGCAAGACUCACAAACUAAAAAGACCUGAACAUGGUGUUUCUGUUGACAGCCAUCUGACAUCUGGCCGAAGUCAGAUAGCUGAGCGGUUAGGGAAUCGGGAUAGUAAUCAGAAGGUCGCUGGUUCGAUUCCCGGCUGUGCCAAAUGACGUUGUGUCUUUGGGCAAGGCACUUCACCCAACUUGCCUCGGGGGGAAUGUCCCUGUACUUACUGUAAGUCGCUCUGGAUAAGAGCGUCUGUUAAAUGACUAAAUGUAAAUGACACAGGCUUCCACUAAGAAAAUAAAUGCCCUCGCAGAAUAGUGAAGCUGUUAUGGUGACAAGAACUUAAAAGUGAAUGACUCCUGAAAAGGACUCCUGAGAGUGAAUGACUGCUGAGAGUGAAUGAUUCGCCCUCUUAAACUUGUAAUAAAAGAAACAGAAAACACUGGUUUGACACUACAGAACUUUACUUGAAUUUGAUCCAAGUUCAUUGUCUAAACAGGGUAUAUACAAUAUCUGAAAUCAGGGG